AUGUUGAAACGAUACAAAACAAAUGAUAUGGCUUUAAUAUUAAAACAUCCGAAAUAUGGAACAAUGACAAGAAGCAGAGAAAGCAUAGAAAAAUCAUUUGCAAAUAUCUACAAAACUUUUUCGGAAAUCGUUCACAAUGGUAACUAUCAUUUUGAUGAUGAUGUACUACUGAUUUCAGAUAUAAGAGAAUCGCAAUUCAACAAAUCCGACAUGUUGGCUUUGGCUUUGUUCUACAAAAUGAAUCUGCCGUGUUUACAAUACGAAAUAACAACUACCAUCGAUUAUGCAGACGAGCCAUUAAAUUUUUUAACCAACAAUAAUGAUGAAAAGAAUAACAUUAACAAUAUGCGAAAUGAGAAUUCUACAACAAAAAGAAAAAAAUCGAACAGAAUGAAGAAAAUGAUUUGCUCUAAAUUGGUUGAAUCGAUUUUAUUGAUAUACCAAUGCCUAUUAGAACAAAUAACAAAUUCCAUACCAAAUGACUAUACCUGUUUGAAAACGAAUGAAACUGAAAUGAAGAAAAGCGUUUCACAUGGUGAAGUCUAA